AUGGCGAUCCAAUCACUGCGGGAAAUCAACGCUUAUAAUCUACGCACCUUCAGACGCCACUAUGUCGCCGAGAUCUCAGGCUCGCUCGGCGAUCUGGGCACCUUUCUCCCUAUCGCCAUCGCGCUAGCUAUCAACGGCACCGUUUCCCUUACCAGCACCCUUAUUUUCUCCGGUAUCUUCAACAUCCUAACUGGCGUGUUCUUUGGAAUACCACUACCGGUCCAGCCCAUGAAGGCGAUCGCCGCAGUCGCUAUCGCGCGUACAUUUUCCAACGGCACGAUCGCCGCUGCGGGGAUCUUCGUCGGUGCCUGUAUCCUUGUCUUCAGCUUGACGGGUAUCCUGCGCUGGUUAUCUAAUACCAUUCCCAUUCCGGUUGUCAAGGGAAUUCAAGUUGGAGCGGGGCUGUCUUUGAUUAUCGCUGCUUGUAGUAGCGUGCUUCACCCGCUCGGCUGGACUAGCCCCUCUUGGGCCGAUAAUCGCAUCUGGGGAAUCGUCGCUUUUGCGGCGCUUUUGAUUAGCAAUGUCUAUCGUCGUGUACCGUAUGCGCUGGUCGUCUUGGUACUGGGGCUGGUCUUUGCUGUGAUUCGGACGGCCUUGGCGGGGCAUAUGCCUGGUUUUGCGGUUUGGCAUCCAUAUGUGGUGAUUCCGCUGCCCAGUGAAUGGAAGAUCGGUGCUAUUGAUGCUGGUAUUGGUCAGAUUCCUCUGACGACGCUGAACUCAAUCGUUGCAGUUGUGCAUUUGGCGAACGAUUUGCUUCCUAAUGUACACAGCUUGUCUAUCACCCAGGUCGGCUUGAGUGUCGCAGGUAUGAACUUGCUCGGUUGCUGGUUUGGCGCGAUGCCCGUCUGCCAUGGCUCAGGAGGUCUGGCGGCACAGUACCGCUUCGGCGCUCGCUCGGGGUCAAGUGUGAUCUUCCUCGGGGUGUUGAAAUUGAUCAUUGGACUGCUGUUUGGAGAGACGCUGGUCGAUCUUCUGCGCCGCUUCCCUGCUGCCUUCCUUGGAGUUAUGGUUAUCGCUGCUGGUGUGGAACUGUUGACUGUUGGCGAGAGUCUCAACACCACGGGCGCGCGGGAUCUCAACCAGGCCGGCGCUGGUCUUUUGGCCAAUGCACAGCAGCAUCUUGGUCCUGUGCUCACAGAUGAAGAACGCAAUCGCCGAUGGACUGUCAUGAUGGUGACUGUGGGGCUCCUGGUCGGAUUCAAGAAUGACGCAAUUGGCUUCAUUGCUGGUAUGCUUUGCCACUGGUCCUAUGAGAUUCCGGAGUGGUGGGAAAAGGGACGCAGCCGCCGGUCGGAGGGACGUCUACGCCUGGAUGACUAG